GGUCAACCUCGGUUUUACACCUCACAUGAAUGCUGGCAUCCAGAAGAGUGUUAAAAAUGCGAGCGCAAAAGUGUCUGGAUUAUGUUCGGAUAGCCGUCGUGCUGUAUUUCGUGAAAGGUUCACAGCAGAGUGAAUACCAAAGGAAACUCUACAGGGAUUUAAUGAAAGGCUACAAUCGUUUGGAGCGCCCUGUACUGAACGACUCACAGUCUUUGGUUGUUGAGCUUGGAAUGACAUUUAUACAGAUAAUUGAUGUGGAUGAGAAAAAUCAAGUGCUGAUCUCAAAUGUUUGGCUUCAAAUGCAUUGGACAGACUGGUACUUAAGGUGGAAUAUAACUGAAUAUGGUGGCAUUCGGACGGUACGUUUCCCAUCAGAUCAAGUGUGGGUCCCUGAUAUUCUCCUAUACAACAGUGCCGAUGAAAGGUUUGACGCAACAUUUCAUACCAACGUUCUUGUAAGAUCGAAUGGGCGUAGUCAGUACAUCCCACCAGGUAUUCUGAAGAGCACCUGCUACAUCGAUGUUCGCUGGUUCCCCUUUGAUGUCCAGAGAUGCGAUUUGAAAUUUGGUUCCUGGACACAUGAUGGUUGGCUAUUGGACCUGCAGAUGAUGGAAGCUGAUAUUUCUACUUAUAUACCUAAUGGAGAAUGGGACCUCGUUGGAGUACCUGGGAAAAGGAAUGAACUCCGCUACGAGUGCUGUGAUGAGCCCUACCCAGACGUGACCUACACAGUCAUGAUGCGCAGGCGUACACUUUAUUAUGGACUAAACCUGCUGAUUCCAUGCGUUCUAAUAUCUGGAUUGGCACUUCUGGUGUUCCUAUUACCAGCAGAUUCAGGAGAGAAAAUUUCAUUAGGAAUCACUGUGCUGUUGUCUCUAACUGUAUUCAUGCUGCUAGUGGCUGAGAUAAUGCCAGCAACAUCUGACUCAGUCCCAUUGAUUGCUCAGUACUUUGCAAGCACAAUGUUCAUCGUGGGCCUCUCUGUGGUCGUUACUGUACUGGUUCUUCAGUUUCAUCACCAUGAUCCUCAUGCAGGGAAAAUGCCAAAGUGGGUGCGAGUGGUACUAUUGAACUGGUGUGCAUGGUUUCUCCGAAUGAAGAAACCUGGAGAAGGAAAGACUGACAUCCCCUAUAGGUACAAUCAACAACAGCAAGAUAUCAGCAACAGCAUGGAGAUGAGCAGGCUUCCCAGGCAGCGCUCUAGUAAUGGCAACAUGAUCUACGUUGGCUAUCACACUGUGGAAAACCCAUGCUGCCCUCCCUGCAGUGACUCGAGCCUCAUGUGUGGUCGGAUCGCCUGUUCACCCACUGAGGACAAUGGCAUUGCACAGAGUGGGCUUCUGGUUGGCAGUCCUCCUGAGAUAGGGAAGAUUCUAGAGGAGCUGCAGUUCAUCACCAGGCACUUCAAGGACCAGGACGAAGGUGAAGCCAUCUGCAGCGAAUGGAAGUUUGCUGCCGCGGUUGUUGACAGACUCUGCCUUGUAACAUUUACUGUUUUUUCUAUAGUUUGUACAUUUGCCAUAUUGAUGUCAGCCCCUAAUUUCAUAGAAGCUGUUUCUAAAGAUUUUGUAUGA